GCGGCCGUUUAGGGGCGGAGCGAGGCGGCCCCGGGCCCGGCUCCGCUGUCAACAGCAGCCAACAUGGCGGCGUGGAGGCCCCGCACCGCCUCAGAACAUGAAAGUGACGAUGAUUCCUAUGAAGUGUUGGAUUUAACAGAAUAUGCACGUCGUCACCAUUGGUGGAAUCGUGUGUUUGGCCGGAAUUCUGGACCGAUUGUAGAAAAAUAUUCUGUAGCUACCCAGAUUGUGAUGGGCGGCGUGACUGGCUGGUGUGCGGGAUUUUUGUUCCAGAAAGUCGGAAAGCUUGCAGCAACUGCAGUAGGUGGUGGCUUUCUUCUGCUUCAAAUUGCUAGUCAUAGUGGGUAUGUACAAGUUGACUGGAAGAGAGUUGAAAAAGAUGUAAACAAAGCAAAAAAACAGUUAAAAAAGCGUGCAAAUAAGGCAGCACCUGAAAUCAAUACUCUAAUCGAAGAGCAAGUUAAUGUGAAAUGGAGUCUCUGUCACGUGGGUUCUGUUGGAUUCUUGUUCACACGUCUGAACAGCAUUGGCAUUGGAUGGAUGUGAACUUUGGAUGUACAGGACAUGGGAUGAACAUCCAUCAGCUGGGCUGUAUGUGAAAGGUGUUUGACAUAGUAACCUAGUAUAUAUUUAGGUUAGUGCAUUUGUGGACUUCAGAGGUCUGUAUUAUAUGUCGACUUCAUAUACAUGUGCUUCUGGCCAGGGUGAGUUGUAAAGCACGUCAUGCAUAUCUGUGAGGUUUAAGGGUUUAGUUAAGCUAAAGCCUGUUUAAGACUGUUGAAAAUAAAACUUCACCCUCCACCCCACCCCCAACCAAACCCCUAAAAACAAGGAACACAAAUGGCCACAAAUAACAUGUUAGCAUCCUAAAUAUUUUGUUUUUAAGGUGAGUAUGUAAAGCUAUGUCAACACAACUGUUUCAGUUUAUUGGAAGUGCGGAGCCCAAGGAGGAAUGUGCGUGCUGGGUCAUGUGGGAUUAAAGAAAAAUUAAGAAAGAUGGAAGUGUUAAAAUGUGAAAGUUUCUUUGCCUUAGUGUUCAGUCCAAAGGAUAACGGGAAGGUAAUCAGUCAGCUCUUUCCUGCUGAUGAAGCUAAUGGAUUUUUGCCAUGUCAAAAGAGUUGCUGAAGCUAACUGAUGUGAGUCACCCACCCUGACUGGAUAAACUCGGGUGUUCUGAAAGGCUUCAGGAAUCAAGUGACCACCUCGGUAGCAUGAACCUGUGAACUUGCAUUUUUAAAAAGAGUCUACUCUGUGAAAGGAUUUCAAGGGAUGAGCAUCUUUUAGUAUGCUUGCUAAAAAGUCUGCUUAUGUGACCAAAAGAUAUACUUAAUAGUUAAAAGCAGAAAUUAAAAAACCCAAAACAAAACACCCAGCUUAUAUA